AUGCAGAUCACCAGUGUUAUGCUCAGCCUUGCCAGUCUCGGCCUGAACGUUCUUCCUGUUCAGGCCGGGCCUAUUCCUGGCGCUGAGGCUGCUCUGGCGGCGCGUCACACCGUCGAGAAGCGUCACGUUUACUCUCCUGACGUAGACGAAGCCCCCGUUGCCAAGCGCCAUGUCUACUCUGUUGACAAGGACGAGGUGGAGAAGCGUCAUGUCUACUCCCCGGAUGUUGACGAGACCCUCAACAAGCGGCAUGUUUACUCCGUCGAUAAGGACGAGGUCGAGAAGCGUCACGUCUACUCCCCGGAUGUCGACGAGACUCUUAACAAGCGUCACGUUUACUCUGUUGACAAGGACGAGACUCCCGUUGCCAAGCGCCACGUCUACUCCGUUGACAAGGACGAGGUUGAGAAGCGCCACGUCUACUCUGUCGACAAGGACGAGGUC